AUGGCUGUCGUGCGGAUCAUAUCAAUGUUUAUGUUUCUUAUAGCUGCCCCAACAACUACCACAGAAGCAGCAACAACAACAACAGCUGCCCCAACAACAACCACACAAGCAGCAUCAACAACCACAGAGGCAGUAACGACAACCACAGCUGCCCCAACAACAACCACAGCAGCAACAACAACCACAGAAGCAGUAACGACAAGCACAGCUGCAGCAACGACAACCACAGCUGCUCCAACAACAACCACAGAACUGCUCCCAACAACAACCACAGAAGCAGCAACGACAAACACAGCUGCCCCAACAACAACCAUAGAAGCAGCAACAACAACCACAGAAGCAGUAACGACAAGCACAGCUGCAGCAACGACAACCACAGCUGCUCCAACUACAACCACAGAAGCAGCAACGACAACCACAGCUGCCCCAAUAACAACAACAGAAGCAGCAACGACAACCACAGCUUCCCCAACAACAACCACAGAAGCAGCAACGACAACCACAGCUGCCCCAACAACAACCAAAGAAGCAGCAACGACAACCAAAGCUGCAGCGACGACAACCACAGCUGCUCCAACAACCACAGAAGCAGCAACGACAAUCACAGAAGCAGCAACGACAACAACAGCUGCCCCAACAACCACACAAGCGGCACCAACAACUACAGAGGCAGUAACGACAACCACAGCUGCCCCAAUAACAACCACAGCUGCAGCAACAACAACCACCGAAGCAGCAACGACAACCACAGCAACAACAACCACAGAAGCACAGCACCAACAACCACAGCUGAAGUAA